CUGGUGGCACUGACUGGCACAGGUAGGUGGAACUUCUGGGCACAGGUGUGUGGCACUGCUGGGUGGCACUGCUGGGCACAGGUGUGUGGCACUGCUGGGCACUGCUGGGCACAGGUGGGUGCACUGCUGGGCACAGGUGGGUGGCGCUGGUGGGUGUCACUGCUGGACACCGAUCAUCAGGGCACUGAUCAUCACUGAU